AUGAAACACAUGUUAGAUGCAGGUGUCAGUCUCGACGACUUCGACGCGGCGACAUAUGUGCUCUUUGAGUCCGUCUGCUCGGCGAGUCAUGGGGCCUUGAGAAUGCUCAUCGACGCCCAAGUCGUCUCCAAAACCCGCAUCAGCAGCAAAGCCAGCAUCACCUGCGGAGGACUUGCCUUUCCUCUUGAGAUAGCUGCCGGGAAAGGCUAUAGGACUUGUACUCGCAUCCUUUUGGACAAUGGCGCGGACCCCAACGCCGUCUCUGAAAAUGGAACUGCUCUAUAUCACGCGAUAACUGAUGUGAUAGAUGAACCCACCAUCCUCAUGCUUCUGGAGAAGGGAGCGAACCCGAACCAGUUCGCGGCAGACGACCCCGCCUACGAUGGUAAGGACAUGUUGUUUGUGCGAGCCAUUGGGACUGGCAAGAAGCUCUUGGUGGAGAUGCUACUCAACUAUGGUGCCAAGAUCAACGUUGCAGACCCAAAUCGCACCGAAUACGACACACCUCUGUCAUGGGCCAUCAAGUGUGGCUUUGUUGACAUCGUUACGUUGCUGCUGGAGUGA